AUGGGUCUUUUCAAGAAAUCCGAUGGCGAUGAUGACUCUAGCCGUCGAGCACUUUUUGGCUCGCGGAAGAAGGACAAGAGCCCACCAACCCCCUCAAACCCUUACGCCAAACCAAUUCCGGUAGACCCAUACACCAAAGCCAAGAUUGGCGCAGCCGCCAACGGCGGCUCCGGGUCGCAGAGCCCCCACAACAUCCCCUCCGACAAUAAGUACUCCGCCAACAGAUACGGAAACCAAGGCGGCUACGGAAGUGAUCGAUUCGGCGGAUCCGGUGCAGGCGCCGGCUCCCCGGCCUCGGGCUCGAGGUAUGGAAGCGGUGGCUACGGAGGUUUGGGGGGCACCGAUCCCAAUGACCCCGCGGCUGCAGAUGCCGCUCGCAACGAGCUAUUCGGUGGCGCCAACAAGAACAAGAAUCGGUCACCGGACAACUCGGCCGGUUUGCCACCACCGUACUCCGAGGGUCAAAAUGGUCAAGGACAGAACAACUACGGUGGCGGCAGCAACGAAUACAGCAUGGCAACCUACCAGGAUCGACAACUGACAGCCGAAGAAGAAGAGGAGGAAGAAAUUCAGGCGACGAAGAAUGAGAUGCGCUUCGUGAAGCAGGGUGAUGUGGCAUCGACACGGAAUGCGCUCCGAGCUGCUGCGCAGGCUGAAGAAACCGGUCGUGCCACUCUGGCUCGACUCGGCGCGCAGGGCGAGUCGAUCCACGAUACGGAGAAGAGUUUGGACAUGACGACCAUUGAAGGCCGUAUCGCGGAGGACAAGGCGAAGGAACUUAAGACCCUCAACAAGAGCAUGUUCGCCGUGCACGUAUCGAACCCGUUCACAGCCUCGCGACGCCGGCGCGACCGCGAUGAGAAGAUCCUCAAUACACACCGCGAGGAUCGUGAUAUCCGCGAGGGCACACGGUCCGAGGCGCACGCGACUAAUCAGCGCAUGGACCGGGUGUUCCGUGAUAUUGACCGUGAGGCGGCGAAACAGGGCAAGGGUAAGAAGGCGAGCGUCACCGAGCGUGCCAAGUACCAAUUCGAGGCAGAUAGCGAAGACGAGGGCAUGGAGGACGAGAUCGAGCAGAACUUGGAUCUGCUCAGUGGUGCCACUGGUCGGUUGAACGGUCUUGCCUUGGCCACUGGAAAGGAGCUGGACGAGCAGAACAGACAUCUGGAGCGUAUCAUGGGCAAGAGCGACUCUGUCGACGAUCAGAUUGCCAUGAACCGGGCCAAGCUGGACCGGAUUCGUUAG